AUAUUUGGCCGCAUACAUAGAAGCGAACGAAGUACAGUCAUUUCUAUAAUUCAUUAAUAUAUCAUAAAUCGUGCAGGACUGGGUUAUAACGACUAACAACCACAAAUCAACCCAAAAAAACCCAAAUGAGCUCUUACUUUGUAAACUCAUUCUCCGGUCGCUAUCAAAAUGGCCCGGAUUAUCAGUUACUUAAUUAUGGGUCGAGCAGCUCCGAGAACGGACCAUACAGGGAUUCAGGCACCAUGCAUUCAGGCACUUACGGCUACAACUACAAUGGUAUGGACCUUAGCAUCACCCGUUCAGCUUCAUCUAACCACUUUGGAGUGGUUAAUGCAGAAAACUCCAGAAGCUAUCCUCCAGCUACAGAAACCAGGUUCAGGCAAGCAGCGAGCUGCACCCUCUCAUCUCCAGAACCCCUUUCUUGUUCCGGCAAGGACAGUCACGGAACCAAGGGUUCCCCAUCCGACCCGACUACCUCCUCUAGUUCAGCAAGUAAUUUUACAGAAAUGGACGAGGCCGGAGCAUCCUCGGAUGCCGAAGAGGGCACUCAAGCCAACAACAACAACCAUCCCAGGGCACAGCAAGAACCAACACAGGCAACAACACCAGAACAGCAGCCACAAAUAUUUCCUUGGAUGAGAAAGCUACACAUUGCCCAUGAUGGUAUGGGUGGACCCGACGGGAAAAGAGCCAGGACUGCUUAUACUCGUUUUCAGACACUGGAGUUGGAAAAGGAGUUCCACUUCAACAGAUAUCUAACCCGACGGCGGAGGAUAGAGAUUGCUCACGCUCUGUGCCUCUCUGAACGGCAGAUAAAGAUUUGGUUCCAGAAUCGGCGGAUGAAAUGGAAAAAGGACAACAAGCUGAAAAGUAUGAGCAUGACGGCCGGAGCAAGCGCUUUCCAACCCUAACAAAUAGCGUGCAAAACAUGAAAGACACCGUGCACCAGUACUGUACAGCCAGGCACCUUCCCUCCCACGUGUUGUUAAAUAUUAAAAAUUACUUAAACUUUUCUGUGCUCCUGCUAACAAUUUGUUUUCUUUUAUUCUGUUGUGUUGUCCUUUCGCUGUUAAGUGCUUGUUGCUGUCUUACAUUUGUCUGUGUCAGUGAACUGUUGGUGCUCUGUUGAAAAAGUAGCAUGGUUUUUUUGUGGAUUGUAAAUGGUAUAACUUAUUUAUAAUUGACACGUUGUACAAUUUGAUCUUCCUUCCCUCCCCCACGUUGAUAAAAUGCUAAAAUCUUUGCUCUUGCACUGUCACCUUUCAAACAUAUAUCCACCUUCUUGUAAGUUUCUGUCCUUAAUGCUGUCCGUGAUUUUAAACAACGUCCGUAUGUGGAAAAUCCAUGUAGAAAGCUAAUCAUUGUCAAUACAUGUGGAUAGAUUCUAAAAUCAGCGACGAUUGUACACGAUUAUUUAGUGAGUUAUAAUGGUUGUAAAUAAUACAAAAAUGUUUAUAAUGUUGCCUAUAGCUAGUCUGUAAUGGGCAGAGUGAUAAGUAGCAUAUUUUCUGUGGAAAUCAGACACCUAUCCGACAGUAUGUUGCCAAUAAGCUUUUUGUAUUUGUUUGUAGCUUAAUUCAAAAUAAAGUAAAAGUUUCUCAUAACCAUCCCUGAUCUCUGUAGCCUAAUAUCUUUACUGUAUGCAAGCUGACGUCUUAUUGCUCGCUGUAAAACACCCUACUGAACCUGAGAACUACCUAUUGUUUGAUUUAGUAUAGUAUAUAUGAUUAAGAUGCGUUACUUUUCAAUAUUGCCACGUGUUUUGCGAUAUCUUAUCUACUUGCACUGUGCAAUGUAAAGGCACAUUAACAGAGCACAUAACUACUGUUCGUUAAUUAGCAUCUGUCGGUUGCUUCUUAUUUUAUAUUUUAUAAGAUAGUUCUAUAAAAUGUUCUCAGGACAUAACACUACCUGACUGCAUUAAUCUUCCUUCUUAAGUCCCGAGCGUUUUCUAACGGCUAAGAUUUUGCAUGCCCGACUCCUCCUUGCUGUGUUAUACUUUAAAUGCGGUAUUUGUGUGACUUCUUGCAUUUUGGAAUUUUCCUGGUUCUCACUGCACACGGCAUCCUCUGUUUAAAUCCUACAUCAGGACUUUUUUUUUAGUAUUCGUUGUUGUGUAUAUGUUAAAAAGAGUCUCUCAGACUUGAUUUCUAGGCCAUCCCCCCAGAGAGUUAUACAGUUACGAGGUGCAUUGAAGUUUGUCAAUGCAACAUACUACGCGCUUUUGUUAAUUUGGGUGCAACAGGUAAACCUUAGUUAGGUUAAACUCAACUUACCAAAAGAACGUCCAAGUGCUUAUCGGUAGUAGAUAAGUCACACAGCAAAUAUUGGGUCUAUCUUGCAAUGUACAUGCUUCCCUUGUGAAUAUAACAAACUGCAUAUGCAAGAAGUCGGUAUGACAUUGGGAUGUCAAAUGAAUUGGGUAUUUAUCUCAAAGUUAGAUCGUAAAAAUCGCCCAUACCGCAGGCAGAUACCCCUACUGGCUCUCAAAAGUCACGUGGGGUCGUUAAAGUUAGUUUUAUGGUUCUGGGGAGUUGACAAGGUACAAUAUAUUUCACAUUCUGUAUAAUGUUAGUGACGCUGAACUUUAUCUGGCUGGGUUUGCAGCCUGUAAGCGUAUAAUGUGACUUGUCUUCCAGAGGAAUCGAGCAGGUCUCCUUUACCAGGCCUGCAAGGUUUAAAAUCUUUACUGACUACAGUCAAAAUUACAUGGAACUGUACAGCUUAAAGUAAGUUAUGUCGAAGUAUAAACACAGUGUGCAUUACUUUUGUGAGCAGGGCCAAGUGAAGCUUCCAAAAUGGAAAGUAAAAUUAAAGUGUGAUUAAUUAAUAGUACUGCGGAAAUACAAACUUUAAAAUAUAUAUUUGUUUUCCCUUUUACCUUUGUGAUGGGCCCAGACUGUAAAGUAACUGUAAAGAUAUGGCGGACUGGAUGUGUGGGCCUCGUUCCUAGCGACUGAUUAUUUUACUCUAGUAGAUUUAAUGCUCCUAAUGUUUUACUGCUGAGGCGUUGAAUUGAAAACGGUAUCAGUGUGUGUGUGUGUGUGUGUGUGUGUGUGUGUGUGUGUUGGGGGGGGGGGUUGCUGUGGGGGUGUAGUGUGAAACAAACAGAUUCUCCGUUGUUUAAAAGUAUCUUCGGUGCUGUACUUUCUGAUAACCUCUCGUUAUCUGUUCUGCAAACUCAUUGCCUGGUUGAAAAUUCGUUUGUUUUGCAUACUUAACAACACUGUACUUUGCUUGUUUAAGAUUUUGAUUUUCUAAUCUGUCGGUCGGAGUAAAGAAUAAAAUGUCGUGUCCUUU